AUGGGCAACACGGUGCACCGGACGCUGCCAGACUCCAGCCCCCCCGCGCGCCUCCUGGCCACCCGGCCGUGCUGCGGGCCGGGCCCCGAGCGGCGCCAGGCCCUGGGCGAGGCCCCGCGCUUCCACGCGCAGGCCAAGGGCAAGAACGUGCGGCUGGACGGCCACUCGCGCCGGGCCACACGGCGCAACAGCUUCUGCAACGGCGUCACGUUCACGCAGCGGCCCAUCCGGCUGUACGAGCAGGUGCGGCUGCGGCUGGUGGCCGUGCGGCCGGGCUGGAGCGGCGCGCUGCGCUUCGGCUUCACCGUGCACGACCCGUCGCUCAUGAGCCCGCAGGACAUCCCCAAGUACGCCUGCCCCGACCUGGUCACGCGGCCCGGCUACUGGGCCAAGGCGCUGCCCGAGAACCUGGCGCUGCGCGACACCGUGCUGGCCUACUGGGUGGACCGCCACGGCCGCGUCUUCUACAGCGUCAACGACGGCGAGCCCGUGCUCUUCCACUGCGGCGUGGCCGUGGGCGGCCCGCUCUGGGCGCUCAUCGACGUGUACGGCAUCACCGACGAGGUGCAGCUGCUCGAGAGCACCUUCGCAGACACGCUGCCGCCCGCGCGGCUCAGCCAGGCCCGCUUCAGCGCCUGCGCGCCGCCCGGCAGCCUGGACGCCGCCAACUUCAACAACAACGAGCUGGAGAGCAGCCAGGCGGCGGCCAAGCUGGGCGGCCUGGGCCUGGGCCGCCCGGGCGCGCCCGCCGCCGCCGCGGCCCGCGACCGCCCGCGGCCCGCGUCCUCGCCGGCGCUGCUCGAGGCCGACCUGCGCUUCCACGCCACGCGCGGCCCCGACGUGAGCCUGUCCGCCGACCGCAAGCUGGCCUGCGCGCCGCGGCCCGACGCCGGCCGCACGCUGGUCUUCUGCGAGCGGCCGCUGCGGCCCGGCGACAGCCUCUUCGUGGAGGUGGGCCGCCCGGGGCUGCCGCCGCCCGGCGCGCUGGCCUUCGGCAUCACGUCCUGCGACCCGGGCGGCCUGCGCGCCGCCGAGCUGCCCGCCGACCCCGACGCGCUGCUCGACCGCAAGGAGUACUGGGUGGUGGCGCGCGCCGGGCCCGUGCCGAGCGGCGGCGACGCGCUCAGCUUCACGCUGCGGCCCGGCGGCGACGUGCACCUGGGCGUCAACGGCCGCCCGCGCGGCCGCCUGCUGUGCGUGGACACCACGCAGGCGCUCUGGGCCUUCUUCGUGGUGCGCGGCGGCGCCGCCGGCCAGCUGCGCCUGCUCGGCACCCUGCAGUCCAGCCCUGUGAUCCCGUCUCCGUCGGGGUCCCUCAGCGGCUCCCAGGACGAUAGCGAUUCCGACAUGGCCCUCAGCGUCAACCAGUCCUCCUCGGCAUCCGAGUCUUCCCUGGUGACAGCCCCCAGCUCCCCGCUGAGCCCCCCGGUGUCCCCCGUGUUCCCCCCGCCGGAGCCGGCGGGCAGCAAGAACGGCGAGUGCACGGUGUGCUUCGACGGCGAGGUGGACACGGUCAUCUACACGUGCGGACACAUGUGCCUGUGCACCAGCUGCGGCCUGCGGCUCCGGAGGCAGGCCCGCGCCUGCUGCCCCAUCUGCCGGCGGCCCAUCAAGGACGUCAUUAAGAUCUACCGGCCGUAG